UUUCCGCCCGUCCUUUUUACAAAUCAAGAGAUGGACCCCACGAUGUCCACGGUGUUCGGUAAUUGGGAACCACUUGCAAAGGCAAUUAGGAUCGUGAUGUUUGGAAAGAAUUCACUAGACAUUUCCAGGUGGCCAUGUGCUAAGUGCAAUGCUCAAAAAUGGGGCACAACAUCCUGUACUCCCGGUCUUCUUACAUGGGGUUGGGUCACAUUGAUCUUCAUCCUUUCUCCCAACACUUCAUUCAUGAAAGCUGGAGUUGGCGCAAAGUCUCGGCUACCAUAUGCUGCCAUGUUUAUGGCCUACAAGCAGCUGUGGGUCACCCUUUGGGAUCAACCUUGUAUUUGCUUGAUCCACAAAAAGAUCGACACCUACGUCUGGCAAUCGUCCUCGACUUCCAAUGUUGUG